AUGCAAAGUAUAAAAUAGCUAUUAAUAGAUGUGCUCGAUAUAAUUGACAAAGUAUAAUGUUUUACAUAUAAGGAUGUCGUGGAAUCUUAUUAGUAAAUGAAUAAAUUGACUACCAAAGAGAUUUGUGGAUAGUCUGAAAUAUAAUAAUAUGAAUACAUUCUGUAAAUUGUAGCGUAUUUGAAUCGAAUCAAGAUGUUGUUUGAGGAGUAACUGGAAGAACACAUCAAUAAUGAUUAUGAAUCCAUUAUACAAAAUCUUGAAGCCUCAGUACGUUCCCAUAUCAGAGUGGAACAACAGCAGAAACUCUAAAUCGAAGGUUUGAUAUAGAAGAUAGAAGAAAUUACUGCGGAGAAGGAUCUCCUAAUGUAAUAGUAACAAGAUAAAAUAAGAUCAUUGGAGUAGAUUAUUAAAGAACAAAACAAGAAGCUGCAGGAGAACUCCCCUGUGGAAAUUAUUCAUAGGAAAACUCCAUCUGCUUUUGAGCGCUUGGGCAAAUUCGUUCAAAAUAAGGUCCAAAAGAAUUUUCAUAAUUCUACUUACGAGGCGAAUUUCAAGACUUUCAUGAAGGUCUGUCAUACAGAUGCUGAUCGAUCCCUAUCAAAAGGAAGAAGACAACUUUCUGCCAAAAGAGAAUUAGGGUUGCAGAGAAUGAAUGAUGAGACUCAGCAAUUUCUCGAAUCCAAAAUUACAGAAACUGAAAGAUAAAGGGAAAAUGUGAGGCACAAACUCUAACGCUCGGAUAAAACCAACGAAUUGUAACAUUAAGCAACCAGUCCUGAAAAAUAAGUGUAAAUGAACAAGUAUAAGGGAUUGUCCAAGCAGUAGUUUGACUCCUAGAAGUAAGAGCAAACAGUCUCGAGUUAGAGUUUCGAACAGGUUGGUAAGAGUUUGAUGGCUUUGUAAAAAUAAAUAUCUAAUGGACGCCUUAAAAAUACUUAAGGAACUUAAUUACUUAAAUUCUUAUAAAAGAAAUGA